ACAGCCCUGUAGCGCGGAGAUUGGGGGUUGCGAGGAGUGCCUGCCACCAUGGGAGCUUUGCACUCGAGAAACGCUCUCCUGGCGGACCUGCAGAACACCAUCACCCCCGCCACCUCGGCGCCCACCACGCCACACCCCGCCCACAACGGUGUCGGAACGCCCUCGCCCACGCCCUCGCCCAACAGCACCCUCAGCCACAGCCAGCACCACCAGUCGCCGCACAAGGUUUAUCACCAAGAGCGAGUCGAGGAGGUUCGGACCGAACAGCGGUCAUCUGGAGGGGGCAAGAUGGCUUCUUUAAAUAACAACCUCUCCGAACUGGAUACUCUGCUACAGGACUUAAAUAAUGCGAGAUAUACAGGAGUCUUCAAAGAGCCCGCUGCCGCCACCAACGGCACCGUCAACGGAUCGAGGCCGACGGUGGACUCGCUUCUCGACGCCCUCGACGAUGUGGAUACCGGCGAGGUGGUGGAGCGCCGCACCGUGCACCACGAGAUCCGCUCGUCGACCAGCUCGCAGCCGCAGGCGUACACGGCGGUGGCCGGGCCGGCGCCCUCCGCCCGCCAGCAGGAGCCGUCGGCCUCCUCCGCCACCAAGGAGCUGGACGACCUGAUGGCCUCCCUCAGCGACUUCAAGAAGGGGGACGACGACCCGCUGCUGGCCCAGCUGGAGGAAGAGAUCCUGCAGGGGACGGCCAUGUCCAAGAAGGUGAAGACGUCCGUCGAGCGGCACACGCACAAGGCGGCCGCCGUGUCCGAGCGGCAGCAGCAGGUGAGCGCGUCCGCAAAUGGGGCGCCUCGCCAGGAGGAACAAGCCCGCCCUCCGUCGGUGCCGCCGCCCCGCCCGCCGGUGCCCGACGAGACCGACCUCCUGGCUGUGCCCCCUCCGCGCCCCCCCGUGCCCCGAGGGUAUUCCGACACACCGCUCCCCCCCGAGGCUUAUGUCUUCGGCGGGACAGUGGUGACGCAGUCGGUGCUGCCGCGGGUAGGUGGAGGCGUCUUCGUCGAGCGCAGACACGUAGUGGACGGGCCCGCAGACGACCCCUUCAACCGGCCGCCCUCCGGAGGCCCCGUCAAGAGGAACGACGCCGAGUACCGGUGGGUGACGGACGCCACCAAGUACGAGUACAGGGAGGUCGUUGAUUUCCCGUGUGUCUCGGAAAGAAUCAACGCCAGCACCCUCCAGACGCAGGUGGACUCCGCCUACGCCAAGCCGCAGAAGUCGGCCAAGAGUCCUUCCAACCGAACCAGCUUGAUUCUAUGCUCGGUUCCCUGGCCUCACACAUGACUGAGCAGGGCAUCACCACCACGCAGAAGGGCUGCUGCAGCGCCUGCGACAAACCCAUCGUCGGACAAGUGAUCACAGCGCUAGGCAAGACUUGGCACCCCGAGCACUUCACGUGCGCCCACUGCAACCAGGAGUUGGGCACCAAGAACUUCUUCGAGCGCGACGGCCGCCCCUACUGCGAGGUCGACUACCACAACCUGUUCUCCCCGCGCUGCGCCUACUGCAACGGCCCCAUCCUCGACAAAUGCGUGACGGCGCUGGACACGACCUGGCACCCGGAGCACUUCUUCUGCGCCCAAUGCGGAAACACGUUCGGCGACGACGGCUUCCACGAGAAGGACGGAAAGCCGUACUGCCGCGACGACUACUUCAACAUGUUCGCGCCCAAGUGUGGCGGCUGCAACGCGCCCAUCAUGGACAACUACAUCUCCGCCCUCAAUGCACAGUGGCACCCGGAGUGCUUCGUCUGCAGGGACUGCAAGCAGAGCAUGAAGAAGAAACAGUUUUAUGAGAUGGACGGGAAGCCCGUGUGCCCGGCGUGCGUGGGCGUGUCCGACGACGAAGACGAGUAGGCGCAGAGGGACGAGCAGCAGCGGGAGAAGCAGACUAAAAGACCACUCGCAGAGGCAGACGAGAGGGACCGGGAC